AUUUCGUAAAAUUUUGCGUAAAGCGUAACAAGCUUAACCAAUAAGAGAUCAGGCCUUCUGUUGUACAACAGAGCAGAAAUACUAAAUGGAUUCUCGAUUGGUUGUUAUUAUUUAGAUGUAUUGCUAAAUACGCGCCAUGAAAAUGGGGUACUUUGCAUGUAUGAAUGUGUGGAAGCGCAAUGUAUGUAGUCGUAUGCAUGGUUAAGAUUGCAAUAAAUAAUAGCAUAAUCUGUUGUUAAACUCGGAGUCGUUACAUUUAAUCUUUUUCGUUGCCUACUGGAAAUUUUGAAAGUAAAGAAGGUAAUUUUUUCAUUAUUUUUGUCACGUGUACUUAGUCCCUCUGCCCUAAAAGAACCUAAAUUUUUUAUUUUUUUAAUCUUUAUUAAAUUAUAAGUAUAUUUGAAAUACUCGUUUUUCGAGAGUUCAUGGGAUCUCUUGAAUAUGGAUUCUAAUCACAUAUUAGCGAUUAUUGGCAUACGAUUGCAGAAGUGGAGGAAGACAAAACAAACGCUUCAACGCCGGAAAGUUGGAAAACGGAAUAUAUUGGAACUCAUUGCACUAUGGAAACUUCUAGUGAAGCGUGAAGAAGAACAUAGUCAGAGAAUAUGGGUUCGCCCAAUAUUCACACAAUUGCGAAGACAUAUGCAAGGAGCCAGUGACAAUUUGGUCAAAGAAAUGGAGCUACAAGAUUUGGAAAUGUUCUACAAUUACUGUAGAAUGUCUAUAGAAAUGUUUGAUCAAUUGCUGAAUAUUGUUGGGCCUCUCCUUGAAAAACAGACUGUUGUUCGAGAUCCAAUACCGGCUCGUGCACGGCUUCUAGUAUGUUUGCGUUACUUAGCCUCCGGUGACAGUAUGGCCUCAAUAUCUUAUGCAUUUAGGAUUGGAAUAAACACUGUUUCAAAAAUAGUAUCUGAGACAUGCGAGGUAUUGUGGAAUUCUCUCCACGAAUCUGUAAUGCCACCGACAAUCGUUGAGAGUUGUCGAAAAGAACCCAAAGUUGUUGACAAAAAAGAAAAUUUGAAUGAACUGUUGAUUAAAGCAGUUAGAAGCAAACGUGGGCUUUACGACUUUCGUGUACCUGCUUCGGAGAGAACCAUGUUGCGCAAAAAUGCAUUAUGGGUGGAAGUUUCAAACAUAUUAGGAGGAUCCCUCAGUUCAGAAGAGGCUAAGGCUCGAUGGAAAUAUCUACGAGACAACUACAUAAAAGCCCGCAAAAAGGUUCGGGCGUACGUGCCCAGCGGAUCGGCAGGUACUGCUGCUAAUGUCAUUACCGAGAAUAAGUCAAGGUUUCAAUAUUAUGAACUUAUGAGAUUCCUGAACGAUUCAUUGCAGACACGGCCGACAGUGAGUUCGUUGACAGAUUCCAGUGCUAAAAGUGAAGUAGAUACUUCACUUGACACAGGAAACGAGCAACACGAGGGUAAUACCUUAGCUAAGCCUUCGACGACGCUUCAGAUUUCGGCUAUCAACAAUUCUCCACAGACACCGGCAUUUUCUUAUAUUCCUUCACGGACGUCGACACCCACAAAUAUUUCUUCACAGACGCUUGAUUCCAUCGACGUUCUUUCACGAACCCCAUCACCCACGACAGAUUUUUCAUGGACAUCAACUCAAAGAAGAGUACCUACACGGACACGAGCCACAGGAUCGAAACAAUCGGCACAAAACUCCAUCGACGAUCACGAGCCGCCUGUUGUGAAAAAGAAAAAAAUGAUGCUGCCUUGCAAGCAGCUUUGAUAGAAGCCUUGAGAGAGCCGGCAACGCAAGCGAUUGAUCCGCUGGACGGAUUUCUUGUCCGCCUGGGAGAAGGCAUGCGAAAACUGCCAUAUCGAGAAAGAGCUCGUCUAGAAAUACAGUUUUUAACAUCGCUAGCUGAAAUGGAAGAUCUUUGCUUCAAUCGAGAUUCCGACAGAUCAACGUAAUCGUUUAAUUAGCUGAAAAGAAGACCAGCCAGCUAUUCGAAAGGCAAUGGUGUUUGAAGGCUGCUCGUUCCACAUUAUCACAGGUCCAACACUUUUGAAUGAUUUUUUUUCAUCAGAAAGAGCCAAAGAAUUCCGUGCAAUAUACGAGCGUACAAUAAUAAGUAAUAAUAACAAUAAGAAAAGAAGAAGUAAUAAUAAUAAUAAUAAUAAUACUUAUAAUAAUGAAAAACCGUGAUAAGAUAUUCAAUACGAUAAGAUUUACUUUUGUAGUCUUCGUAGACUAUGGGAUGAUGGUCAUUUAUACUAAGCAUCAUUAUGCAGAUGGAACAUAUGAUGAUGAUUCCUUUAUUUUCUAGUUUUUAUGCUUUUCUGUGAUACAUGUCAUUAAUAUCGAAAAGAAACAAAUACUGAAGUGACCAUACACCAUUUUUAUCAUUUUCUUUAAUUUCCGCACAAUGGUUGCUUUUUUUCUUUAAAGAGUCAUAAGACUGCAUUACAUAAUCGUUCGAAACUCCAGUUUUGUUUUUAGUUUUGUAUACUUUGAUAUUAUAUGUUUAUUUUUUUAUUCUACAGAAAGCAUCUU